GAAGAUUUUCGACUAAUAUGCCGUAUUGAGGCUCGGCGUUUUGGUUGCUUGUUUGCGUGACGAGAGGGUGAAUACUGCUGACCUGUUUGAGAUAGAAAGUGCAGAAGAGGCAGGAAUGGAACAUAAGAAAAGACAAGUUCCUCCACUGUUGACCAGAAUACUGGAAGCUGACAAGACAAUCACUGGGCACAUUUGCUUUGCUGCAGAGAAAGCUCUGCCUCUUCACAGAUGGAAACCCACCUUUCAUCUGCUUGAGUUCAGCUGCCACGGCGCUCCGACGAUCGCAGCUGCUGUGGCUGGCAUAUAUCUGUUCCGGGAUACCAGCAUCGACUGCUUCCUUGUCAAUGUGUUUGCAGCGCUCCUGCUGGACCUGGUGUGCGUGGCCGUCGUGAAGGCGGUGGCGCGGCGGCGGCGGCCGGCGCCCAACCGCGACGACCGGCUCACCGUGCAGGCCGUCGACCAGUACUCGUUCCCGUCGGGCCACGCGUGCCGCGCCGUGCUGUUGUCGGGCCUGCUGCUGUCGCGCGCCGCCUGGCCGCCGCUGCUGGCGCCGCCGCUGCUGGCCUGGGCCGCCUGCGUGUGCGCCUCGCGCAUGCUGCUGCGCCGCCACUACCUGCUGGACGUGCUGGCCGGCAUGGCGCUCGGCUACCUGGAGUACGCGGUCGUGCUGUGGCUGUGGCUGGACGGAGAGAGCUGCCGCGGCUGGGUCCGCUGGCUCGGUGGCGUGCUGGGCGAUGACGGCGCCGAUCCUGAGUUGUGAUGGACCCGGCACGGGAACAGCGCUAUGCCCAGGCUCUAGGCAUGGUGACGAGGUGUCUUUGUAGCGAUUUGACCUGUGUGGGAUUGUUUAUUUUGAAUCGGAUUUUGGUGGAAGCAGGGUGUUCAACUACGUACUAAGUCGGGUAUAGUAAUGACAGCACAAAGGUACAUAUAGGAGAAAGAGUAAUCCCCACUGGGACUAAAAAUAAGCCAAUGAUCCAUUUAUCGCUGUCAUAUUUAGGAUGUUUAUUGUACAGAAUGGGAGGGCCAGACUGUCUGAGGAGCCUUCCCAUGUCACUGUUAAAUUCAGAUUGUCCACUAUUCGCUGUUAGCCAUCUUGAUGACCUCCAGUUCUCCAGCACAGUUCUCGUGUGCGAAUCUUCCCGGGCCUGGUAAAUGUUGGACGUCGCGAAGCGGAAUUUUGCCGUCCCGUGCAACGUUUUUGUUCCUGUAUUGUAUUAUCUUGGAAUCGCCUUAACACACCUUGUCCCGCCUGUGUGCCCCUCUCUUUUCGCCAGAGCUUUGCUCGGCUCCUCACACAGCUCCUCAGUUAGCUCAGCCCAGUUGUCGUUUCAUGGGGCCCAAAGACGCCCAACUAAGAGGGUUUGAUGCGUUGAGAGGGAUGCUACUUAUCUUUCUUGCUGGUGCGUUUGCGUUGGGACAGACCACCCGUUGCUGAACCUGCUCCACAACAUACGUCGGUGCACGUGGUGAUUUUUGAAUAAUUAUCGACGUUGAAGACUGAGACUGAUCCCAAAAAUACCCCGAUUGAAUAUGUUGCAAAACGCCUGCAAAUGGUUCCCGAACAGCAGUCUUUCGAUCCCAACAACUGCGAACAGAUGCCCAACGCUAUCACUUUAUCAUAUCUUCGGCCGUAACGCUGCGGCCUAAAACCCUGCAAUAAUGGCACUACUUAUAUCGGGUACCCGCUUCCAACAGCGUCUAUGCACCCAUGUGCCAGGAGGAUAAGACAAUACAAGACGGAGAGGAGGACACCAAGUGAAAUGAGGAUUCUCCCAGCAUUCUACUCAUUUACUUAAGACUAUUCUGAAGAUCCGUUUGUGACGUAUUUGCUGACAAGGCCUACGAAGGCAAAAUUGACAUAUCCCUUAUAUUACAUACGGGAUGUGUUCCGCCAUAUAUCCCCUUGGGCUGGUAUUUUGUGUUGUCGUGCUCUGACGUACAUGCACACUGUAAACAUUGCAAAUGUCUAGUCCAUAUAUUGCUUGGUUUGUGUCCUGACAUGUAAUGUUUAAUGGCUGUAUAUCAUUUGUCUUUCCUGUGAUUCCCCCAAUAAACGUGAUGAAUUGAA